ACAACCUAGAACACAGCAGGGCCCGGAGCCGGCUCCGGAGCAGGCUCGAGUGAGCGCCUCAAGAGGUUUGGCGUUAUUCUCACUGUUCCACAGAGGGGCCACGAGGCUCAAGGAAGUGCACUAACUUGACCCAGGCCAUAGCUGAGACGUGGAGACAUCGGACCGCACACUAGGCGGUGCGGCACCAGAAUCCAGGCCUCCCCGGCAGGCCCCGACCAGGCUCCCCGGAGUCCAGCAAGAGCGAAAGGGAGAAAAACAUAGAAGCAAGAGAGAGACAUUGACUGAUCGCCUCCUACACGCGCCGGGACCGCAGAUCGGAGGUGCCGGACCGCGCCGGACCCGGGAUGGAACCGCAGCCUAGGGUGAAGCGCAGAGCUGAAACCAUGGUUCAACAGGUGCUCUACCGGGCGCUGGUCUCCACCAAGUGGCUGGCAGAGUCGGUCCGGGCUGGGCAGCUGGGUCCCGGCCUGCGGGUACUGGACGGAUCCUGGUAUCCACCGGGCACCCGGGAUGCGCGCAAGGAGUACCUGGAGCGCCACGUGCCUGGCGCCUCCUUCUUUGAUAUCGAGGAGUGCAAGGACAAGUCCUCGCCCUACGAGGUGAUGCUGCCCAGCGAGGCGGGCUUCGCAGACUACGUGGGCCGCCUGGGCAUCAGCAACAGCACCCACGUGGUGGUGUACGACGGCGACGACCUGGGCAGCUUCUACGCGCCUCGGGUCUGGUGGAUGUUCCGCGUGUUCGGCCACCGCAUGGUGUCGGUGCUCAAUGGCGGCUUCCGGAACUGGCUGAAGGAGGGCCACCCCGUGACGUCCGAGCCCUCUCGGCCAGAGCCGGCAGUCUUCAAAGCCGCACUUAACCGCUCUCUGCUCAAGACCUAUGAGCAGGUGCUGGAGAACCUUCAGUCUAAGAGGUUCCAGCUGGUGGAUUCACGGUCCCAAGGGCGGUACCUGGGCACCGAGCCUGAGCCAGAUGCCAUAGGACUGGAUCCGGGCCACAUCCGAGGUUCACUCAACAUGCCGUUCAUGGACUUCCUAACCGAGGAUGGCUUCGAGAAGAGCCCAGAAAUGCUCCGAGCUAUGUUCGAGGCCAAGAAGGUUGACCUCUCAAAGCCCCUCAUUGCCACGUGCCGGAAGGGCGUCACCGCCUGCCACAUAGCCCUGGCCGCCUACCUCUGCGGCAAGCCCGACGUGGCCAUCUACGACGGCUCCUGGUUCGAGUGGUUCCACCGGGCACCCCCCGAUACCAUUGUGACCCAGUGGAAGGGCGAGAAAGCCUGAGCACUGUACCUCCCCUCUGCCGGCCCGUAGCCCAGCCAGUCUGGUGACUGGCGUGACCUGGGGCUGGUGCGUACCCCUUUAGCCAGGGAGACUAACAAGGUUUAGAGUCUCGGGGUAAAGCUCUCCUCCCCCCACCAACACUGGAAUAAACGUGGCUUUCUCCGA